GGGAGUCCUACUUGUGAUGGUUUUGAACAACUAUCAAUCCGAGCUACUCGGCUUGCUCACGGUCUUCCUUCUGCUAUUCAAGCCCAUGCCUUGUUUCUCCGUGGAAGGAAGGCUUCUUCUGAGGUGUGGGAAGAAGCAUUAACUGCACUUGAAAGCAGCCUUGACGAGAAUACAAUGGACAUCUUGAAAGUUAGCUACGAAGGCUUACCAAAACCACAUCAGAAUGUAUUCCUUCAUGUUGCUUGUCUCUUCAAUGGAGACACUCUCCAGCGUAUCACUUCCCUUCUCCAAGGCCCAAUACCUCAGAGCAGCUUGUGGAUAAGAGUUCUAGCAGAGAAGUCUCUCAUCAAAAUAUCAACCAACGGAUCUGUAAUCAUGCAUAAGUUGGUUGAACAAAUGGCAAGAGAAAUGAUCCGUGACGACAGGUCUUUGGCUAGAAAGUUCCUCAGGGAUCCUCAAGAUAUUUUCCAUGCGCUGACUUUUAGAGAUAGAGGUGAACAAACUGAAUGCAUGUCCCUACACACAUGUGAGAUGACCUGUUCAUUGUCAAUGAAGGCCAGUGUCGUUGGCCAUAUGCAUAAUCUAAAGUUUCUCAAAGUCUACAAGCAUGUAGAUUCUAGAGAGUCAAAGCUGCAACUCAUUCCAGACCAACAUCUCUUGCCUCGUAGCCUACGGCUAUUCCAUUGGGAUGCAUUCCCAUUGAGAACCCUGCCUUCUGAUGCUGAUCCAUAUUUUCUUGUUGAACUCAACCUGCGUCACAGUGAUUUAGAAACGCUCUGGAGUGGAACACCGAUGUUGAAUAGUUUGAAGAGACUAGAUGUGACAGGAUCUAAGAAUCUCAAGCAACUUCCAGAUCUUUCAGGUAUCACUAGUCUUGAGGAACUGGUUUUGGAACACUGCACAAGACUAAAAGGCAUUCCAGAGAGUAUUGGGAAAAGGUCUACACUAAAGAAGCUCAAGUUAUCUUACUGUGGAGGCCUUAGAAGUGCGUUGAGGUUUUUUAUACGGAAAUCUACAAUGCAGCAACAUAUUGGACUGGAGUUUCCGGAUGCAAAAGUGAAGAUGGAUGCACUUAUAAACAUAUCCAUUGGUGGAGAGAUAAGUUUUGAGUUUUGUUCAAACUGUAGAGGAAAUGCUGAAUAUGUUUCUUUUAACUCUGAUCAACAGAUCUCAGCCACAUCGUCUAUGAAUCUGCAGCAAACACCUUGGCUCAUCUCAGAGUGCAACAGAUUCAAUUCCCUUAGCAUCAUGAGGUUCAGCCACAAAGAAAACGGUGAAUCUUUCUCCUUUGACAGCUUUCCAGAGUUUCCUGAUCUUAAAGAGCUAAAACUAGUGAACUUAAACAUCCGGAAGAUUCCAUCUGGGGUUCAUGGGAUUCAUCAGUUGAAGUUGAUAGAGAAGCUGGACCUUAGUGGGAAUGAUUUUGAGAACUUACCAGAGGCUAUGGUUAGUCUUUCCCGGUUGAAAACUCUGUGGCUUAGAAACUGCUUCAAGCUGAAGGAGUUACCAAAGCUAACUCAAGUACAGACACUGGCACUUACCAACUGUAGGAACCUCAGAACAUUGGUGAAACUAUCUGACUCAAGUGAAGAACAAGGAAGAUACUGUUUGCUUGAGCUUUGCCUUGAAAACUGCAACAAUGUUAAGUUUUUAUCAGACCAGCUAAGUCACUUCACUAAGUUGACAAAUUUAGAUCUCAGCGGCCAUGAUUUUGAUACAUUUCCAUCAAGCAUCAGAGAUCUUACCUCAUUGGUAACUCUUUGUCUUAAUAACUGCAAGAAACUCAAAUCAGUGGAAAAACUCCCACUGAGUCUUCAGUUUCUUGAUGCACACGGAUGUGAUUCCCUUGAGGCUGAUUCUGUACAACAUUUUAGAGACAAACCAAACGAAGAGGUACAGCAACGAACCUGUUUCAAAGAAACUGAGAUCCCCAUUUAUGAACUGAAUUAUCAUCAAGCCACAAGGAUCUGCCAAAUGAUCCACCUUCUCAAGACAACAUCUGUGCUCAUGUUUCUAGGCAUUCCUAUCUGCAUCACGUUAGUGGCUGUUUUUGUUGUUUCUCUCCUGCGUGUUUUCAAGUGAACCUCAAGGCUCAAAACAAGAGAAGUCUCAUGAGUCAAACAGUCACUAAACGACUUCCUCAACGCUUAAGGUAGCUAGAAUUACAGUGUACCUAUACAUAUAAAAUGAAGAAGUUACAUCCAUAGUAUUCAGCAAGGUCGUUAGAUGUGUUCUUGAGUUUUCAGCGGUAAGAUAGCUCUUGACAUGGACUUUGGUAAGAGGAGGCACAUGUAUCAUGUCGUGUUCUGUUUUAUCUUCCUAUGUUUCCUUGGUGUAUAAAUAUGUAUGUGAAAUCUUCUAAACGUUAGUAAGCUCCACCUGUUUUUGUGUUUCUUGUAACUGCUUAAUAGAUUAAAACUCUGAUUAGUUUUUUUUUUUUUUUUCAGCACAGCUUGCAAUGUAAAUUAGUGUGCUAGAUAUUUGUGCUGAGACAAGAUAUACAAAGCCACUGUAAAAGAGUUAAAACUUAC